AUGGACCCUUCCAUGGCCUAUAACUUCUAUAGAUCUGACACCAACAACCAGGGCACGCCCUACGACUAUGGCUCCAUCACCCAGCACAGGCUCAGUCCCCUGGGACAUCAAGAGAAUCAACCUGCUCGACAGCUGCACUGCCUAUCCAGGUCCAAGAGCAUGGUGAUGGGCGAGGUGUCACGGGGCCCAUGUCGCCCGGGCUCUCCAGGCCUCCAGGAGGGGGCGCUCAAGGCCGGCUGGCUCAAGAAGCAGCGCAGCAUCAUGAAGAACUGGCAGCUGAGAUGGUUUGUGCUACGGUCUGAUCAUCUCUACUUCUUUAAGGAUGAGGAGGAGACCAAACCACAAGGCUUCAUACCUCUCCAAGGCUGCCAGGUGAAUGAACUGAAUGCCAAUCCAGACGAAGCAGGCAGACACCUUUUUGAGAUAGUACCAGGUGGAAGUGGAGAGAAGGACCGGGCGCCCAUCAGCCAUGAAUCCUUCCUGCUUAUGGCCAACUCUCAGAAUGACAUGGACGACUGGGUCAAGGCCAUCCGCAGGGUCAUCUGGGCUCCUUUUGGAGGAGGGAUCUUUGGCCAACGUCUGGAGGACACAGUGCAGUAUGAGAAGAAGUUCGGGCCCCGGCUCGCUCCUCUUCUGGUGGAGCAGUGUGUGGACUUCAUCAGGGAGAGGGGUCUGGAUGAGGAGGGGCUGUUCAGGAUGCCAGGACAGGCCAAUCUGGUCAAAGAUCUGCAGGAAGCCUUCGACUGCGGAGACAAGCCACUGUUUGACUGUAACACAGAUGUCCACACGGUGGCGUCCUUGCUAAAGCUGUAUCUCCGUGAGCUGCCAGAACCGGUCAUUCCAUUCUCCAAAUAUGAAGACUUCCUCACGUGUGCACAGCUGUUGGCCAAAGAUGAGGAGGAGGGUGUCCAGGAGCUCGGGAAACAAGUCAGUAAUCUACCUCUACCCAACUUUAAUCUGCUCAAGUACAUAUGCAAGUUCCUUGAUGAGGUGCAGUCCCACUGUAACGAGAACAAGAUGAGUGUCCAGAACCUCGCCACAGUAUUUGGACCAAACAUCCUUCGACCCAAGAUGGAGGACCCGGUCACCAUCAUGGAAGGCACAUCUCUGGUCCAGCACCUGAUGACCGUCCUGAUCCGGGAGCACAAGCGCCUGUACUCAGGGAGAGAUCAGGAGUCCCUCACCGUUCCCCCGACCACCACAGACCUCCCCCCUCACCAGCUCCACCAUCGCAGCUUAGGAGCCUGGAUAUCCGAAGAGGACCUCCACAACUGCCCCGUGUCCAACCUGCCCGACCAGGACUGCCAGAGCGACGCCUCCUCUCUGGACGCCAAGCUAUGCGCCGCCGUAACCCCCGUACAGACCCCCAACCCGGGCCCCAAAGUCAGUAAGGGGGAGACGGUGAUCAGUCCAAGCAAGCAAGCCAAAACCAUGCCAUCUUGGAAGUAUUCGUUCAAAAGUUCUUCAGCUCCUCGCGCGCAACCUCAGCCUAAAUCAGGAUCUGUGGCGGAUGCUAGCAGCGUAUCUUCUGGAGGAGGAGGUGGAGGUAGCAGUGGGAACUGGCUCAUGAACGGACUGUCUUCUCUGAGAGGUCACCGGAGAACUUCUUCUGGAGAACGUUCAACGCGUGAUCGGGAUUCUACGGGUUCUUCGCAAAGACUCUCCACUUACGAUAACGUCACGUCCUCUUCGAGUAUGGGCAGCGUUCCGAGCGUCGCGAGCACACCCUGGUCUACCUCAUCGUGUGAAAUUUCCAUGCCGGAUUCAGGAAGCAGCGAUCCGUCGGGAGGAGUGAGCGUCGGAAUCGUGAGCGGGAACGGAGAGAAAGGGGACUGGAUGGACAGUCAAAGGGACCCGAGCUCGGAGCCAGACAGCUGCGAGGCCAUGGAGUUGUGCAGCAGCAGCGCCCCCUGCAGUGAGAAUGGGAACAUGGCGGGGGCGGUUCCGGUGCCGUCCAUAAUCAUGUCCGAAGAGGGGGAGGAGGUGAACGGGACACUCGGCAGUCUGGUGGAGGGGCUCAAGGAGGAGCUGAGGAAACAGAGGGCCAGCUAUGAGGCACGCAUCCAGAAGUUGGAGGAGUCCAGUGCAGCUCUUUGUUCCCAAAUGGAGCGUUUGGAGCAGGAGAUGGAACAAGAGCGUAAGAAGCAGCGUAUGCUGGAGAUCAAACUGAGGAACUCAGAGCGCGCACGAGAGGACGCCGAGAACCGCAACCGCCUCCUGGAGAAGGAGAUGGAGGACUUCUUCUCCACACUGGGAGACCUGGCCCUGGGUGCGAGGACUAGUGACAUUUAA